GGCCAGGACUGUUCAAACAUUUAUUCCCGAAAACGACAUCCGUACUAGCUGUCGCCAUGCUCGUUUCUAAGAUCUUUGCCGUGUUUUUUAUCUUGUGUUCAGUGCAGUGUUGCAUAUGCAAACCAACUACACAAAAUGAAUUAACCGAGGGGCGCAGUAUCGUGACCUCAAUAUGGGGUUGGAUUACAUAUCCGUUUUAUUGGUGGAGCUCUGGGGAAGUAGAUCAGCCGGUAACUGAAAAACUUCUAGGGUCUACGACGUUAGACCCUAACAGAGUUUUAGACAUCAGAAGUCACAAUGUAACUAUUUGGUGUAACGACCAAACUUGUACAACGAUGAAGUGCGAUCAGUUGCAAUGUAAGAACAUUACUUGUAACAUUUACGAUACAGAUUUCCGAGGGGAAUGCAGAGAGUAUAAUAUCAUAACAGAGCCUGAACCUACGGUGACGAAGACACCAGAAGCUACGACGGAAAAGCUUGAAAUACGAGUACCCGCUAGCGUCAGCGAAGCUACUGUGGAAAAUGAAACUGAUAAAAUUUUAACGACAGUGGAGCAACCUCUAGAACUAGAGGCUGUUAUGUCGUCUACCGUUGACAAGGUAGUCCCGGAAAAUAUUUCUAAAGAAAAGGAUCAACCAGCAGAUGAUUCAAGGCAAAACAUUAACUGAAGAUGAUUUCCUGCAUUCGUUUUCCUAACACAAUUUUUAAGUUCUUGUACCAAAGAUAACUGAAGCUUGUCUUGCCUAUCAGAACAAUAGAAGGAAUGCGAUUAUUACAGCCGUAAAGCGGAAAGGUGAAGUAAGUUUAAUCCUACGAGACUUCCUUAUCUCUGAGUCAUUUCUAGAUAACGAAACGUUUAAGUUUGUUAAAUUCUUUUAGAUACAUUUGUGUAAACUAAGAACUAUUAGAUAAUGGUUUAGAAUUGUAAACGCACUGGAAAAACAUAUAAUUUCAUAAUUUAUUGACAAUGAAACGUGAAUCGAAUCAUCUUUUAGAACUUUUUUAAUAAAUGGUAAUUAAGUUUU